CUUGGGCCUAGGCCUGCUGCAUUUGCUUUGCAAUGGCGAAACGUUGCGUUGGCCGAGCAUGAGCCGCUCCAUUUUCUGUACUUUUGAAGUGAUUUUUGAAAUGCAUCUCUGAUAUACUGUGUAAAGUCCUAGUGUAUGAGUCUCUCUUCCCUUUUUCAGGACUUCAGGAGCUGACGGAAGACGCAGACAGAUUAUAAUCAGGCGCUUGAGAGAAAUUUCUUUCACAAAUGACUGUCGCUGCUCGCGCCCUCCACCAUGGACGGGCAUUGCAGCACUUGACGGGUGCAGGGAAGAUCUGGCAAACGGACGCUGCUAAUUCAAAUAAACUUCUUCAGAAACUUGGUAUAGCACAGCAUUGCAGAGUGGCGCAUCACAGCAGCCACUCAUUGGGUGCCAUUCGACAACAUCGAAAAGUUUCGUGUUCUGCGGGUGAAUCCAGGCGCGUUGACCCGCCGGAUGUAGCAGACUUGGCAGUUCGAGCAAGGCUUGAGGUUUCCUCAGAAGAAAUUGAGGACUGGACGCCAAAGAUUGGCAAAAUCAUAGAUUGGUUUGGCCAACUUCAAGAAAUAGACGUUGAGGGGGUACCGCCAGCUCUUCGCGCAGGCGGUGAUCGGACGGGAAACACAGUGCAAAAGGACGAGCCCCGAGCGUUUGGGAAUCGGGACGCCCUAUGGGAUGCAGUUCCGUCCAAAGAAGGCCCAUUCAUUCGGGUGCCUAAGAUCUUGAAUGAAAGUACAGAUUGAGUUCUCUGGCAGUGCACUACGCCCCUCAGAAGAUAUCGGGUAACUUCUAAAAGUAUCGACCACUGAACAAACCAGAAGAUGUGAAGAUAAUUUUGUUACGUUCAUACCGGCCUUUCGUCAGCUUCAAGUGGAGCUUGGAGCGAAAAUUCACAUCUUUUCGAUGUUGGCUGCGUGCAAUUGGGCGCUUGCCGGAUUGGGAGAAUGAGGAGGACGAUCUAGACAUACUAUCGCAACGAGCCAAUCAACCAAAGCGCCCUUCCUCAUCAAUCCACUUAUGCACGUCACGUGCCAGCAACCGAAACUUGCGGUUGGACAAGCG